UCGCAUAGAGAUGCCGUCAUCGCCAGCUGCUGGAGCGGGAAAGUUCGGACGCUGAAGAGAGAAAGUGACCUGGGCGCGCGUCGCUUUGGCACCGCUUGAGGGCGAGUCGCUUGCUUUUGGUAAAACGGCCACGGAGGGAAGGAAGUAUGGAAUUUGAAAGCACAACAGUAGUAUAAUAUUAUUUCACCAACGUGAUGGCUUGUCAGGAGUUUACUGUUUUAUACACACAUCAGAAGACUAAAAAAUCCAAAGUAUGGCAAGAUGGUAUUUUGAAGGCCACUGUUGGGGGGAAUAAGGCAGUCUUAUUUGAUGAGAAAGGACAGAUUUUGGAUAAUAUUUUUGUGAAGUUUCAGAUAAAACCUGGAGAUGACUUAGAAUGUGAACGAUAUUUAAUCACGAUAGAAGGUGAAAAGGUUUCUGGAAUGGGUUCUAGUGAUCAGCAGAAGGUCACGGAAAGAGAAGUAUUAAGAAGAAAUAAUUUAAAGUCCUUUGCAUCUUCAUCCUUCCACCAGCCAGUUGGUCUAAAGCGAAAAUAUACAGGUUUCAGAGUGCCACGUCAGAUGCCAAAGAAAAUGAUAAUGGAGGAAUCUAGCUCAGUAGUAUCUCCAACGCCUGAGGAUAUUCAUUCAGUCUUUCCUUCUCAGUUCUACAAUUCCUGCCCAUUAUUUUCUGCUCCUUGCAAGAAGAAGGAGAACGUUUGCCAACUUCCAAUCAUUGAGGAUGUUUGUAUGAAGAAAACUGAUUCUGUCCCUGUACUGGCUUCCAUUCCUUAUGCUGAUGAAUAUAAAGUGGUACAAAGGGAAGCCCAUAGUACUAAUAGUGCAGAUGAUACAUGUCUGAAGCUUGAAUUUCAUGUGGAUGAUGGAAGAAUCAGUUCAGACUGCCAGAAAAGUACUGAUAAAGCAGUCUCACAGAAUGUCAGGAGUAAAGCUCAGAUUUUAGCACUUCUGAGCAAGGAGCAUAAGGAUUUCAAUACCUCACCAGUGGGAAAUACUGUUUCAGUGAAAAAUCUAGCACUGGCAUCAGUGAAGUUAGACUCUCAUCAGGAAGGUCUGUCUUUAUCUGAGCCACCAAGAACUACAGACUCUUUGUUAAGAGAGAAGACAAAAUGUCUGUUAGGAUCCACAAACAACACUAUCCAAGAGAACACAGAAUAUAGUAAGUUAUUUUUCUCCUCAAAAAGAAAUGUUCAAACAAAAAGCCAGUGGGAUGCAUACUUGUCCUCAUGUUUCGCUGAAGAGUCUUCUAACAUAGAUGAUGCAGAAAACAAGAAUGCUAGUGAUUUGCAGGCAGUUUUGAAAGACAAAGAGAACAACACCAUUAGAAGUCAGCAAAAUAAAAAUCAGAGAACAAUUCCCCAAGUAUCUUCUUUGGAAAUCAAUAUGUCUCCUAUUAGUAAACACUCUGUCAAACACCAACAACAUAGCUUCAUAUCACCUGACUCCAUUAACAAUAAAAAUAGUGACACUGAAAUUACAUCAUCUUUUGAUCAUAUUAAUUAUUUAGACUGUAUUAGUGCCUCAAAAAUAUUAGAAGAUGAACUCUCCAAAUCCAGUAAACAUAUGAUGUGUGAUAAUUUGGCAAAGUCUGGCAAUGAGUCACCAAAUGAAUCUUAUCCAGUUGGUUCUCAGUGUUUUUCAAAUGCCUCUGUGUGUGGAGACCUGGGUGACCCAAAUAAGCAGUUAACAGAGGUUAACUUCAAUCUAUUGGAGACAGUAGAUUUGAGUGACACAGAGGAUGAAGAGUUUCAUGUAAGUAACAUGCUUUCACAAGGCUCAAAAUCUUUUGAAGAGGACACUGGAAUACAACUUGAGGUCAGUGUUGAAACGAACCAUAAUGCAAAAAUAUAUAAUAAUGGGAAGAAAGAUAAUGUGCAGCCAGCAUCUCAACAGGACAGAGAUAUGAAUUACUUUUCAAGAUCUCAGCCUUUGCAGCUUUGUGAUGAAUUCCCUGAAAAGUCUAAUAAAAUGGAGAAUGGUUCAGUUCUUCCUUUCAUAAAAGAGUUACAACAUUCUCAAGCUUUAGCUGUCGGUGAGAAGGGAGAUACAAAUGCAGCAAUUUAUCAAAAUGUAUAUGAUGACAAAGCUGUUCUUUGUACAGGCUUGUUAAGAGAAGAAGAUGUUUCCUGCAAAAUGAAUCGAAGAACUGAUCUUACAAAAAUGAGCAUGCUUCCACAUGUUUCUCAUACUUCAAGCAUUUGCUUUGUGGCUAAAAAUAAUGAGAAAGACAUGGAGAUUCAAGAAGAUGAUAGUCAGCCUAGUUCUAGAGGUAUCUGUGAUAACAUGAAAUCAGUUAAUCCACUGGCUAUCAGUUCAGAUGAUGUCAGUUCUGAUGGUGUCUCACAGUAUGUUUCCCAAGAGUAUUAUUCUGUUCCUGCAGAAAAUCAUAAGUUGGAUUUCAGGUCAAAUAACUAUUCUUUAAAUUGCCAGACUUCAGAUAAAUUACAAAUAGGUAAAAAUAAACUGGCAGAUUCAGUGAAUAUCUGCUCUUUUAACAAAUCUGAUGAAAAUAAGAAAGAUAAUUUUGUUUGCAUUAAACCUUCAGUUAAUUCUUUAAUCCAUACUUCACUGACAGACGGUUUCAGACUGUUAAAUUCAUUGACAGAACAUAGGACAGCCUUAGAAAGUCUACAAACAAUUGAGGAAAGUACUGGCAUUUUGCCUGAGAAAGAAAGGCGAAGAAAAAAGCUUGAGUCAGUUGGAACUGAAGCUAAGCGGAGGUUUGCCAAAGUAACUUCUGAAGAGAUGCAGACAUCCUUUCUAUAUUCUGGUUCUCCGAAAUUGAAUUCUUCUUUAAGCAGUGAUGUGGCCGAGCCCACAACAGCAACCAUAAACAGGCUACAUGACCACAGUGAUUAUAAAGAGCCUGAUAGUCCACUAGAGCUUGAAUUAAUACCUGACCAAUGUCCUGAAGACUGUGAGCCUACAGGUUCCAGUUGUCGGCAAGUUGAAUUUCAUGGGUACCAGUUGAAAGGAUCUGCAGCGAGUGAAACAAUGACAAGAGAAUCCAGCUUAUGUGUUAGUUUGGAGCCCUCUAUUGAUAUGGCCGAGUCUGAAAUCACCGCAAAGGAUUCUUCCUUUUCCUCAGCUCAAGAACUGAGCAGCCCUGUGCUGUCUGGUUUUUUUAAGCCUCUAGGAUUAAGUGAUAUUUCAGAACAUGUGUCCAACAUUUCAACUGUUAACAGGGAAUUUGAUUUAAUUGAAGAGCAAGACAAUGAGUUUUUUACAUUCAGCGAGUCUUCUAAUCUUUCAAACAAGAUCAUGACAAAUUCUCCUUCUAAUCUAAUUUUGGAUUUCACACCAUGUGCUUCAAGGGAACUUAAUAAGAUAUUAUCAUUACCAUGGAUUUCUUCACAGUUGUCUGGCUAUCAUUUUUCUCCAAGUCAGAGUAAUAAAAAAACAGCAAUAGACAUGCAUGAAGAAGAAUUCCAGCCAUUGGGAAUUGUUCCAAAUUUACCUAUGGAUGACUCAAAAAGCUUUUUCAAGGAGUCCAGUUGUCCAAAAUCUGACCUGUUGAGACAUCUACCCACUCCUAGAAUGCGAACUCCAGUUGUGACUGUACCUGUCAAUGAAGAACUUGCUGAUUCAGAUGUUUGCUGCAGUAUAAUGACCUCUGAGCAAGUCCAGCAGCCUUUAGAUCUCUCAGAAGUCACCAUCUCUGACAGCCUGAAAACAUUAAGGCCUGAGGACAGGAUGCAUGAAACAUUUGUGGCUGACAACGGUAUAGGAGACAGACAAGGGGUACCUAUACGCAGUGCGUUCCCUAAUGUGUCUGAACAAAAGAGACCAAGCAAGUGGCAAAAAUACCAAAACACAACUUGCAGUGAUUUGAGAACUGAAAAUAGCAAUGAAGUAGCCAUGACUAGUGACAUCCGAGCUGAGAGUUUCUUAGGAAUGGCACUGGAUGACAUAGGAGAGAGUUGGGCUCAUGCCACUGGUAAUAGCCUUCCGGGCUCGGUGCAUCUACAGACAAAGGAAAGCAUGCUUUGUAAACAGUCACAAAACUUGAGCAGCCAAGAUUCUGUUUCAGAAGGAAGGAAACUUUCUCUGCACUUAAAUAAUAAAUUUUGCACUGAGGAAGCACCAAAGGUGUUAGGUCAGUUGAACCGCCACAGCGUGACCAGGCACAUUAAGAAUCCUUCAGAGUUGUUGUUCCCUGGUGCUGAAAUGGUAGAAUGUGCUACUGUCCCUAAAAGGCAAAUACAUAUUCCAGCUGAAUUUCAGUCUCCUGCACAUUAUAAGCAAGUUUUUACUUCUGCUUUGAUCGAACAUUUAAACAUAUUACUGUUUGAAUUGUCACAAAAACUGCAUAAAGCUCUUGAAAAAGUGGAUAUAUCUUUCUAUACUUCAAUGAAAGGACAAGAGCAAAAGAAAUCAUCACCACUUUGCAACCACAAAAUUCCAACAAAAGUAGUUAUGGUCAAAAAAGAAGGUCGAAAUAAGGGUCGAUUUUUCUAUGCCUGUGAGGCUCCUAAAGCUGAUCGGUGUGAUUUUUUUAAGUGGGUAGAAGACGUGCAAUCUGGGCAGGUACUACAGUGUAGGCCUAGCGUUGCAUUUCAUGAUGUGAAGAGCAUUGGAACCUACCUGAGGGGUCAAAAAAUCCCCCUCUAUGAAGAAUGUCAGCUUUUGAUGAGAAAAGCCUUUGACAUUCAACGAAGACAAUUUGGUAAGCUGAAGAAAUGUAAUAUUGCAAAAACAAACUAUGAUUGUGAAUCAAAAAGCAGAUUAUAUCUUAAAUUGAACCGAAAGGAGUCCUCCUCUGUGUACAGCAAAGAUGAUCUUUGGGUUGUUUCCAAGACGCUAACCUUUGAACCCUUGGACACUUUCAUUGCAUGCAGUGUUUUCUUUGGACCAUCCUCUACUAAUGAGGUGGAGUUGGAGCCGCUCAAAGGUUACAGCCCUUCAAAUUGGUGUUCAAAUAUGAUUGUUCAUGCAUUGUUAGUGUGUAAUGCUAGUGCUGAACUCACAACUCUGAGGAAUAUAGAAGAAAAUUUCAGUUCAGCCACUUUACCAAUAAUGCAGCAUCUACUCACAAAGAAUUUCAAAGAUGUAUCUUCCAGUGAUAGAGUCAACAAACAAAAAUUUAAACCACCAGCCUUAAAUACAACUACAGUAAUAUCUGGAAUUCUGAGUCCAGAAAUUAUUAUGAAUCUGGCAAACAAGAUGAUUGAGACAUUUCAGCUGAAUAAGGAUCAGGCCACAGCAUUGAUUCAGAUAGGUGCCAUGAUGGCAUCACAGAAUGUUAAUACAGAAGUAGGGAAGCAUCACGUCCUUCCUAUAACCAUAAUUCAUGGUGUGUUUGGAUCUGGAAAAAGCUAUUUGCUGGCUGUUGUUAUCUUAUUCCUGGUUCAGAUCUUUGAAACCAGUGAAGCAACUAAUGGUAAAAUAUCAGUGCCAUGGAAAGUACUAAUUUCCUCUUCUACAAAUGUGGCUGUAGACAGAGUGUUGCUGUGUCUCCUAGAUCUUGGAUUUGAAGAAUUCAUUAGAGUGGGAAGCAUUAGAAAAAUUGCGAAGUCCAUUCUUCCCCAUAGCUUGCAUGCUGGCUCAGGAUCUGAAAAUGAACAAGUGAAAGAGUUGCUUGCUCUGAUGAAGGAAGACUUGACCCCAGCAGAAAAAGUCUAUGUAAGAAAGACUAUUGAACACCAUAAACUAGGCACCAACAAAGCUCUGCUGCAACAGGUGAGAGUCGUAGGAGCUACCUGUGCUGCAUGCCCAUUCCCGUGCAUGAAAAAUCUUAAAUUUCCCAUAGUGAUUCUGGAUGAGUGCAGCCAAAUGACAGAACCUGCAUCUCUCCUUCCUAUUGCAAGGUUUGGAUGUGAAAAGCUGAUUCUAGUUGGAGACUCAAAGCAACUGCCACCCACGAUUCAAGGAUCUGAAAGUACACACAGUCAUGGUCUGGAGCAAACCCUCUUUGAUAGACUAGGUUUGAUGGGACAUGAGCCAAUAUUGCUUAGGACACAGUAUCGUUGUCAUCCUGCUAUCUCUGCCAUAGCCAGUGACCUAUUUUAUGAGGGGAAAUUGUUGAAUGGCAUUUCUGAAAUGGAUCGCACUCCUCUGAUGGAGUGGUUACCAACACUUUGUUUUUAUAAUGUUAAUGGCUUAGAGCAGAUGGAAAGAGACAAUAGUUUCCAUAAUAUGGCAGAAGCUUCCUUCUCUGUUAAGCUAAUUGAAGCUCUGAUUGCAAGUGGAGCAGAGGGAUCUAUGAUUGGGGUGAUAACCCUCUAUAAGUCACAAAUGAGCAAGAUUUGUAACUUACUUGGUGCUAUAAACUCAGACACUUUCCAAAUUAAAGCUGUCCAGGUGUCCACUGUGGAUGCUUUUCAAGGGGCAGAAAAGGAAAUCAUUAUAUUAUCUUGUGUAAGGACAAAACAAGUUGGCUUCAUUGAUUCAGAAAAGCGAAUGAACGUGGCACUGACAAGAGGAAAGAGACAUUUAUUGAUAGUGGGAAAUCUGAACUGUUUAAGAAAGAACAAAUUAUGGGGAAGUGUCAUUCAGCAUUGUUCAGAAAGAAAAAAUGGAUUGCAGCAUGUUGGUGAAUGUGAGCAGCUACUGAGUGAUAUUAUUAAAUCUUGUUUACAAAGGAAGAAGGAAGAAGAAAUAAACCGACCCAAGGUCUAAAAAAUCAACAAUUUUCACAGAAAAUGAAUGGAUACACAUGUGCUUUUUCUAUGUGGAACAUGUAAAAUACCUUGAAUACCAUCAGAAUAUAGUUGUUGCUUUUUAAAAUCCCGCCAGUAUUCCAGUUACAUUUAUUAAAAGGUUAGUAAAGUGUUUCCAUAUAAUUAGGGCAUGGUAAACAGGAUACCACCAAUAGUGACUGAGCCUUCCUUUUCAACAUGCAUUUUUAUUAUAGUUAUUUUUACUAUACUGGUGUCUUAAUUACUUUAAA